AUGGCAGAUGUGACUUGUGGGAGGUGUGGGAUGGGUGAGGAAUCCAUGGAACAUUUGCUAGCCUCUUGUUUGAUGGCACAUACUGUAUGGUAUGUGUUGGUUUGGAUAAAAAUUCCAUUUCCUCAUGGAGAUCUUUCUUUUAAUAUGUUAUGGCACCUGCUGCAAAAUCUAAAUGGAUCCAAGGUGUGGAAGAAACUUGUGGCUGUGAUUUUCAUGGCUACUUUUUGGCAAAUUUGGAAAGCCCGAAACGUAAAGGAAUUCGAAGGGUGGAAUAUUCCGAUGCUCAAGGUGGUGGAGGAAAUUAAACUCAACUUGUUUCUGUGGAUUUCUUGCAGAUCUCAAUUUAAGGCUCUAGAUUGGAAUAGGUGGCUAGAUUUUAAUCUUCAAGAUGUAAUUUCUUAA